AUGCGUGUGCCCCGCGGUGGGCUUCAUGGGACCAUCCUUUUCCUCACAGGGAUUGGUCGUGUUGUCGAGGCACUGAGUAUCGAUAUCAAUGAUGCAGCCAGCCAGACCGCCUACGGUUCGAUGUUAUGGUAUUCCGGCAAUGAAACGGGUCAGAUCCCGGGAGCGUUUCCAGACAAGUGGUGGGAAGGCAGUGCUUUGUUCUUAAGCUUGCUAUAUUAUUGGCAUUAUACUGGCGAUACCACCUACAAUGCUGAAGUCAGUCAGGGUAUGGAGUGGCAGGCUGGCAAUGGAGACUACAUGCCAGCCAAUUAUAGUAGCUACUUGGGUAACGAUGACCAAGGCUUUUGGGGGAUUGCCGCCAUGACAGCUGCCGAGAUCGGUUUCCCCGACGUUGAUAACGGAUACUCGUGGCUGUCCCUCGCGCAGGGUGUUUUCAACACGCAAGUGGCCCGGUGGGAUAGCAGCAAUUGUGGUGGUGGUCUGCGCUGGCAGAUCUUCCCAUACCAAGCGGGCUACGCCAUGAAGAACUCGAUUUCGAACGGUUUGUUGUUCCAGCUGGCAGCACGUCUCGCUCGGUAUACCAACAACCAGACGUAUACGGAAUGGGCUGAAAAGGUUUGGGAUUGGAGUGUGUCUUCGCCGCUGCUAAAUAAUAAAACAUGGAAUGUCGCGGACUCCACCGAUAUAGCAGGCGGAUGUAAAUCCCAGGGAAACAACCAAUGGUCGUACAAUUAUGGCACGUACCUAAUCGGUGCGGCGUACAUGUAUAACAUGACCGAGAAGGAGACAUGGAAGACAGCGGUUGACGGCCUUUUGGGAGUUACACUGAACACGUUUUUCCCGAAAUCCUUCAAUUAUAUUAUGUCCGAGGUCCUCUGCGAGCCGAACGAGGUUUGUAAUGAUAAUGAAAUCCUGUUCAAGGGCCUUGUCACUGGGUGGCUUGCUUUCGUUGCCUUGCUGGUCCCGUCCACUUAUGACGAGAUUCUCCCCAAGUUGCAAGCGUCCGCGCAAGGGGCUGCCGCGUCGUGCAGUGGGAUGAGCAACAACACAUGUGGGGUGCGCUGGCAUGAAUCGAAGUGGGAUGGCUGGGUUGGUAUGGAAGAGCAGAUCAGCGCCACCGAUGUGCUGAGUUCGGUCUUGGUCACGGAAAAGAAAUGGAGCGGCCCCUUGACCUCGUCGACAGGCGGAAACAGUACCAGCAACCCAAACGCGGGUAGCAACGAUGGCAGCAGCUCUGAUAAGAGCCAGUUAAAACCGAUCACGACCGGUGACAAGGCGGGAGCUAGUAUUGUCACGAUUGCAUUUGUUGGUGUAUGGGGUGGUUUGGUUGCCUUUAUGUGGUCAAACGCACAAUUUAUAUUGCGUGGAAAUGUUCCACUUGGUAGUGUGCAUGCAACCAUGGGCGAUGAUGCCAAGGAGUUUGAUUUCAUUAUCGUUGGAGGCGGUCCUGCAGGAUGUAUUAUUGCGUCACGACUCGCAUCCUGUUCAGAGAAACCCAGGGUUCUUCUAUUAGAAGCUGGAAAGUACAAUGACUCGGAAGAUCUCUUGGUCGAUGGGCAGAGAUGGAUCACGCUACAGCAACCGGGGAUGAAUUGGGGUUACAGCACGGUGUCGCAGGAACACUGCAACGGCCGCCAACUCGAUUACAGUCGGGGACGGGGUUUGGGAGGUAGUACUGCGAUAAACUUUGGCUUCUGGGCCGUUGGGUGUCGCGGAGACUACGAUCGCUGGGCGGACCUCGUCGAUGAUCCUCGCUUUGAUUGGCCACAUAUGCAAGCGCGAUUCAAAGCCCUCGAGUCAUUCCAGACAGAGGACACUGAGGCCAGGUACGGUGACUACGUCGCUCCUCGACCCGAAGACCACGGCCAACACGGGCCACUCAAGGUAGGAUAUCCCAAAAUAUGGGAACGGGAUAUUGUGCCUAUGUUGGAUAUUUUUCGUGAUGCCGGCUUUCCAAUGACCCGGGACCUUAACAGCGGAAAUCCAUUAGGCAUAGGGCCCGUGAUCAAUUCUUUCUACCAAGGUCGACGAACGACCGCAGCCACUUUGCUCCAAGAUAGUGGCGACAAUCUCACUAUUAUAACCGAGUGCUCAGUUGAGAGACUGGUCUUUGAAGGGAACCGUGUCAUCGGGGUUGAAGCUACAGGGACUCGUUAUUUUGCUUCCAAAGAGGUUAUUCUCUCUGCAGGUAGCCUCGACACACCGAAGCUAUUAAUGCUUUCCGGUAUUGGACCGAGAUCACAGUUGGACAAACAUGGGAUUCCUAUAAUCUGUGACCUUCCUGCCAUUGGUCAGAACCUGAAAGAUCACUGCCAUGUUCCACUUGCAUUUAGACGAAGCAAAGAAAGCAACGACCGACAUUUAUUCUAUGGAGAGCCAACCGCAUCGCAGGAAGCCCUGGAGGCCUGGAAGAAUGACGGAACCGGGCCGUGGUCCAUUUUUGGUUGCCAGGCCGUGGGUGGCUGGGUGAAAUCCUCCUCGGUCAUAGACUCUGCCGAGUUCAACCAGCUUCCACGGGCUGAGCAAGAAUUCCUCAAGGGCGAGACAGUUCCCCAUUAUGAACUAGUUUCGCAUUUCCCUUUCCACCUGCUCAGUCCAGGAGUCUCAGAGGACUUUAGCUAUGUAUGUCUUGUAGCCUUCUUGAUGAACCCUCAAAGCCGUGGCGAGGUGAAAUUACAGUCUGCCGACCCGACGGUUCCUCUUUUGUUCAACCCUAAAUUUCUGUCACAUCCGUAUGAUCGCCGUGUCGCGAUUGAAAGCUACCGCGAGCUUCUAAAACUAAGCGCCUACCCCUCCUUCUCUAAGGAUACCAUAGGGGACUUGAUUCGACCACAGGGGGACAGUGACGAGGCUAUCCUUGAAUUUUGGAAGCAAUUUGUCAGUUCCACCUGGCACAUGGCUGGGACUGUGAAGAUGGGGAGAUCAGAUGAUCCAGACGCAGCUGUGGACAGCUCAUUCCGAGUCCGGAACGUAGAGGGACUACGGGUGGCAGACAUGAGUGUGGUGCCUGUCUUGACAAACAACCACACGCAGGUAACAGCUUAUCUUGUGGGAGCAACAUGUGCAGCUGUUCUCAUCGAGGAAUAUAAUCUUACGUGUAAAGCCUAA